GGAACGGUCCGGUCGGCCGGAUAUGGUUUAAUGUUCCGUGUUGGAGUCGGACAGUUUAAGCCGUUGCACUCCGCUCUCAGUAGUCGACAUGGCGUCCGGAUAUAUACUAAAUCGUGGCGUGCUAACAUUAGGAAUUCAUUGUCAGCGGGUUUGCAGAAACGUGUCGUUGUCACAGGUCCGAGAGAAAAAGCGAUGGAUGAAAGCAUACACAUACCUCAUGGCGAAGAAGUUAAAGUUUGAAGGACCUCCGCCACCGAAGCCACGCUCUCAACAGCCUCACUGGAAUUACCAUGCUGAGGUUCAGGCGUUCAGCAACCGCCUCCACGAGAACUUCUCCCUGGAGGAGCUGAAAACGGCCUUCAUCAAUCCUUGUUACCUGCAGGCGGAGCAAAAGAGGAGAGAGGGGUUAGGCGUGGACUCUGAGACCACCGCUCUUCUUCUGAAAGAUAAUAUUCAUCUGAGUGAAAAGGGAGCGAGUUUCACCAAAAGCUUCCUGACCGACUGGUGCAGAGCCAGCUUCCCGGUCCUGCCGAGGGAGGGAGUGGAGAGUAUCGUGAGGCACCUCACAAGUUCAGCAGUUGUGACCAAUGUAGCAAGAAAUCUCGGCAUUGAAGACCUAACCAUGAGCGCGGACUGUCCUGUUCCUGAUGAUGUGCUUCAUUCAACAUUCUUGGCAGUAAUUGGAGCUCUACGGGAGAGCAGGGGAGCAGAGAGAACUGGAGUGUUCCUCAGGGAUUUCCUAGGUACUCAGCUGAUCGGGAAGGACCUGUUUGAUAUGUGGACAGUUGUCAACCCCAUGGGACUAUUGGUUGGGGAGCUUACUAAGAAGAACCUUCCACUGCCAGAGCCUCGCCUCAUCAGGUCUGCUGGAGCCAGUACCGUCCUGCCACUCUACUUUGUUGGCUUGUACAGCGACAAGAAGCUUCUGGCUCAGGGUCCAGGAGAGACGCUUGCAGCAGCCGAGGAAGAGGCAGCUCGCGUGGCCCUACGGAUACUCUACGGCUACACCGAGAACCACAGACCCCUUGACUUCUCUCCACUACAGCAGCAUCAGCAGCCAUUAAUUCAAUCAAUCAGCAGCAAUUAAUGAAGUAUCAACCCAUUCUACAGCAGCAGAAGAUCAUUUCAGAGGUUGGGGGGCCGUUGAACAAUGAAAGCAGCAUGAAUUUACUGGAGAGAUACUUUGAGAUAAAAUGUAUCUCGUUUGUGGAUUACAGACUUGUAGGAAAAAAGUUAAGAUAAAUAAGGUCACCAUCUACCUUCAUUAUAUAUUAGUCCAUUUAUCAGGAGUGUUUCAUUUGGGUUUAUCAAAACCACUUCCCCCAGACAAAGGAGAGCAAAAUAAAACUUAUUUUCCACGUUAAAAAGGUGACUGAUGUAAGAUCCAGGUUUUAACUAUCAGAUGGAAAUCUAAGUUGUUUUUUUUAUAAAUGUGAUGACAUUUAAGAGUAAAGUCCACUGGUCUCAUAGCUUACCUUGAUUAAUAACCUAAAGAUUCAGUUGUUCAUGGCACAAAAUGGCCCUGAUAUCUGGUUAUAUACAUGCCAUUUGUUUAACUUGGUCUUCGGUUACAAUAUGUUGUUCGUCUGUAAUAAAAAAAGUAAUACUUAUGUGUAAACCAUGA